GCGUUUAGUGACUCUGAACUCGAUUAUUUCGCGUCGGAUCUGGGCCCUGUAGCUAGUACUACACGUUGCGAAGGGACGGAGGCGUUUUGAUUUCUCAGUGGUCGCCGGCUGAGUGUGACACAAUGGCGGACGAGGAGCUGGAGGCCAUCAGACGGCAGCGUAUGGCCCAGCUGCAAGAGAAACACGGGAACUCUUCAAAUGAUCAGCAAGGACAGCAGGAAGCCAAACAGAGAGAAAAUGACAUCAGGAAUACUAUUCUGGCUCAAGUCUUAGAUCAGUCUGCGCGUGCCAGAUUAAGUAAUUUAGCGCUGGUGAAGCCAGAGAAGGCCAAGGCUGUGGAGAACUACCUCAUUCAGAUGGCCCAAUUUGGUCAGCUCGGGGGAAAGAUUUCAGAGUCAGGAUUGAUAGAGAUCCUCGAGAAAGUUAGUCAACAGACAGAGAAGAAAACAACAGUCAAAUUCAACAGACGGCGUGUGAUGGACUCAGAUGAGGAUGAUGAUGACUGACCCAUGCCUGGGAAUCACGGAGGCAAACCUGUGGCUAACUACUUCAGCCAAAGCCAAGCUGUUUGGGUGCAGCCAUCUGGUUUCUGAGGGCUUUGCAUGUUGAGCACUUCUUGGAAGACAGAACUUUUUAAUUUUUUUUCUUCUGCACUGGGAUUACUGAAAAUCUUCACCCUUGUCACAGUGUUUUUCCCCUUUAUUUUCAAUACAGAUUCAAUACAUUUUUUUCUCCUCAAUUUAAGAAAAUGCUGUUUAGUAUUUUACAGUUUUUGCAUUUUAUAGACAUCUUUAUAAGUAGUGUCAUACAAAGCCUAGACCUUUAAUUC